AACGUCUAAAUAACUCGUCGUAUACGAGCCUACUAGGAUCCACCUACUCUGGAUUAUUUUUAUUAUAGUAUACAACCACUACUGCGUAUAACGUAACGAAGCAUUCCGCUAAGAUGGCCUCCGAGUCUAAUAUGGCUAUCUGCCAGGCUGUUGUCGACGCUUUUAAAGUUCGGCCUAAGAUCAUGAGCUAUAAGGAUGACAACAACAAGAGCGAGACUUACAUCGCCACCAGUUUCAAUUGUCCAACACCCGGAAUCAAUAGCUAUUCAACACUGGAGUUGUCAGACUACCCAUUAAUGAAGGACGGCGUCGAGCACUCGGUCCGGCUAGAGAUACUUUUCGCUUGUGCAAACGACAUCGACUACUGGGGCAACGUGAUCGCCACAGCAGCAUUCUUCAUUAUCAACGAUAAGUGGUUUUGCGGCCCAGGCGUUGUCUACCAGGACAUGGUGAAAAUAUAUGAUCCCAAGGCUAAGCUCCAACACCUCUACUUCACCACCCCGUUUCUCUGGGGCGAUAAGCCGCAGACCAUGUACUUGCCAGACAAGACUGUGGCAUUUCUCCAAGCAAUUCUGAUUUCAGAGAGCGAGCGGCUCUACCUGGCGGAACAUGGGCCUGAUGCCUUUGAGACCCUGCUCCAAUCUGAGGACGCGGACAUUGCCAACUAUGAGCGUGAGCCAGUUGUAUAAGCUCUUUAUAAAACCUGUAUUAAUGAAGUAUUCUCGCUGAUAAGUCUUCUUUUUAAAUUAAGGAAAUAUUUUAACAGAUAAUCCCAACUCGAAAAUAGUAAAAGUGAUAUAUAUUUAAGUAGGCCCUUGGCAUUUACUUAUCAUACCGUCUGGGAUAUCUUAACAUGGCGACUCAAGUCUACGAUUUAAGUAGUAGGAUAUAGGACUAUGCUGAUAUUUGGUUCUUAUUGUACAGAUUUGAGCGAGAACGAUCGUAUAAUGUGACAGAAGUAAAAUUCGGCCCUGCUUCUUCCUACAGCAGGUAUUUGCUCCAGCACCAUCAUCCCAAAGAUAGUCCGAAGAUGAAAGACCAUACAGGUGACAGGAGUGACAGAUAGUUUGGCUACCCCCGGCUAGCUCGUUUGAGAAUGAGGGGCUGUCGUGUUCCAGGUUAGAUAGCGCCGCGGAAACACGGACAGGGUAAGUAUCAUUAGCUCUCCGUGGAUAUUGCGAGUCACAGAGCAACUGCGCUGCUGCAUCCUCUAGGUCCUCAAGUUGAACGAGAGCCAGUCUCGAAAAGUACUCGGUAUAUAGUCUUUUCGAAUGGUUGACUUUUGUAUCUUGGAGUAGCUUCAGACGACUCUCUAGCCUUGUUGUAACCAGUUCUCUUCGGGGUUGAUACGAACUCAAUGUGAAAUCCAAU